AUGCCCCCGGUGGCGUACAAACGCGGAUGGGUGGCUUCAGCGCCGGAAGACCUUCUCAAAGAUGCGCUCAAGACCGCGGAGGAAGCGAGUGAUCCGCAAGAUUUGCUCGAGGUGGCGCGACCUGAGGAGGCUUGGGAGCUUCAAGGUGACUCCUGGGUCUUAACCUUGGCGGCGGCGUCGGCGUCGGAGCUCACCUUGGAUUGCGCCAAGGAGGCGCUUCGUAUCAGCGGGCUUGAGGGCGACCGGAGUGUGUCAUGGCCGCGAAGCUUUACAGACGAGGCUGAAUCGAAGAUCACCGCACGGUUCUCCAAGAAGCAAAACCUCUUGUUUGUGACAUUGCCAGCCGAUCUCGAGGCAUCUCCCGCGCCCAGCGCGCCCAGCGCGUCCGCCAAGCCCAAGCUGAAACAGGCGGUCGAAGGCGGAUAUGCCUACGCCAUGCCACAGGACGCGGAAGCAGAAGACAUGGCUGUGCUGCUGAUGUUGCAUUCAUCCUGUGCGCUUGGAGAUGCGGCCGCGGUUCGGAGGCUGCUGCCGGUGACGAAGGACGUGGACGCCCUGGAUGAGUUGGGCGCGACCGCGCUGGAGAAGGCUUGUUUGGUGGGUCACGUGGAGGUUGCUGAGUUGCUCCUGGCAAAGGGCGCUGACGCGCAGGGGAUCCAGGGAGCACCCUCCACGCCUUUGCAUCGAGCUGCAGCCUUGGGUGAUGGCCCCAAGACUCAUCGGUUGCUGAAGCUUUUGUUGGACCACGGUGCUAACCCCAACCUCAAGGAUUCGUCGGGGCGCUUGGCGGCAGACUUGUUCGCGGAUGCUGCGGGGUGGCAAUUGCCCCUGGGCCCAUCCUACAGCCAGUGGACCGCUCGAAAAGAUGCGAUGUUGGUCGACUUUGGCUCGGAUGACCGUGCUGUGCAGCUCAAUGAUAUGCUCACACGCUCGGCCAUCUUCAUUCCUUUGUGGAUCAUGUACGCCCGCAUCGCGCAGAGAUCGAUCCAGAUCGGGGGGGCGUAG